CAACAGCGCCCAAAGAACUUGUUCGCUGCCCGCGUGUUUUAUUCUUACAUUUUUGGGGAUAGAUUUUUGCCAAUUGUCUCGUUCUCCAGUUUCUUGUGUGACACGUAUAAAUCACAAACUGAGCAUCCUAUUGCAUCUCUCUUCUCUAUAUCACCAUCACACUUUGACCUUCGACCACAUUCUUCAAAUAUACUUAAGUACAAUGGCCUUCUCAGCUCCGCCCGUACGGGCCUCUUUCCGCGGCUUCCUCUUCGACAUGGACGGAACAAUUAUAGACUCAACAAAUGCGGUUGUGAAGCACUGGCAUACCGUGGGAAAAGAAAUCGGGGUGGCGCCCGAGGUCAUCCUUGAGACGUCCCACGGCCGCAGGAGUAUAGACAUCCUCAAGAUCUUGGCGCCUGAAAAGGCGAACUGGGAAUAUGUCAAACACAUGGAGGGUCUUCUCCCACAAUACCAUGGUGAGGACGCAUACGAGAUCCCCGGUGCCCGUGCCCUUCUCAAAGAAAUCGGCGAUCGCAACAUCCCAUGGGCAAUUGUCACAUCGGGAACAGUUCCUCUCGUUACGGGAUGGCUUAAAGUGCUCGGUUUGCCCAACCCAGAACACCUGGUGACUGCAGAGAGCGUCCAGAAUGGAAAACCCGACCCAUCCUGCUAUCUGAUGGGCUUGGAACGGAUCGGCCUUUCUGGUGCUGAUCAGAAUGAAAACGUACUUGUGCUGGAGGACUCGCCUGCUGGCAUCAAGGCUGGUAAGGCGGCUGGGUGUAAGGUCUUGGGGCUCGUAACAAGUCAUACCGCAGAACAGGUCAAGGCCGCUGAGCCAGACUGGAUCGUCAGGGACUUGGACUCUGUCAAGAUCGUCGGGAUCGAGGACGGACUUGUCGCGUUGGAAUUCUCGAAUCGGCUGGCGGAGCUGCCCAUGGUCAACGGCGAUAGCGCAGGACCUCGAUGAUCAUCGGCAACUCUGCAGAUUUCCUUCGCGUGGGCUAGCCCGGUGCACUGGCACUGACUCACCAUGAUAGAAUCAGACAUUUAGAGAAGCAUUCUGGUUGCCCAGUUGAGAGAGAGAAGGGGAGCGUGACCUGUAGCGAAAUACCGCAAUCUAACCUGCAGGAUUGUGCAUA